AUGGGUUCCACCGGUCGUCCAGAGCCUCUCCGUCUCGGCACUGUCGCGCCCAACUUCGACGCCGAGACUACCAACGGACCCAUCAACUUCCACGAGUUCAUCGGCGACAACUGGGUUGUCCUGUUCUCCCACCCAGAGGACUACACUCCAGUCUGUACCACUGAGCUCGGCGCAUUCGCGAAGCUGGAGCCUGAGUUCACCAAGCGCGGCGUCAAGCUCAUCGGCCUCAGCGCAAACACCAUCGAGAGCCAUGGCGGCUGGAUCAAGGACAUUGACGAGAUCUCUGGCAGCAAGCUGCGCUUCCCCAUCAUCGGUGACAAGGAGCGCAAGGUCGCUCUCGCCUACGACAUGUAAGUAGCGCUGCCGCUAGGUUUCCACGGCCAAGGAUGAGCUGACAAUGCGUGCCUCUUCAGGAUCGACCACCAGGAUGCCACGAACGUCGACCAGAAGGGCAUCGCCUUCACCAUCCGCAGUGGUACGUCACCGUAAUAUGUGGAAAACAGCUCUUCCUGUCUGAGACACCUGCUUACCUCUAUCUACGGCUUGAAGUCUUCGUCAUCGACCCCAAGAAGACGAUCCGCCUGAUUCUGUCCUACCCAGCCUCGACCGGCCGCAACACCGCCGAAGUCCUGCGCGUUGUCGACUCUCUCCAGACCGGCGACAAGCACAAGGUCACUACCCCGAUCAACUGGGUUCCUGGCGAUGAUGUUAUCGUCCACCCAAGCGUCAAGAGCCCGGAGGCAGAGAAGCUGUUCCCCAAGAUGCAGGUCGUGAAGCCAUACUUGCGAUUCACUCCUCUGCCAAAGGAGGAGACUUCUGCCGCUGUCUGA